UGAUAAGAAAAAAAGUAUGAUAAGAAAUGAUAUUUACCAAUCAAGGUUAGAACAAGAACGUCUUUUGGGAAGUGGGAACUAGUUUUUGAAGUGAAGGUUUAAAAAUGCUUUAGUUUUAAAGUUAAUUCAGCAAUAUUGUGCCAUAAUUCCCGAGUGUUUAUCGUGGUGGUGUCGAAUUACAUAAUUAAUAUCACAAAUCCUUACUAUUUUAGCAUAGUUUUUUGAAGGAAGAAAGUAGAAGAUUUCAGAAUGGACCCCGGGAAAGAAGUAAGAGUUUCGCAGUGGUAUUUUGGAGGCCUAGCUUCAGCUGGUGCAGCAUGUAUUACCCAUCCUCUAGAUCUACUCAAAGUUCAAAUGCAGACUCAAAAAGGAAAGAACAUAUCCAUGUUUCAACUAACAGGAAUAGUGUUGAGAAAUCAAGGAUUAAUGGGUCUGUAUAAUGGAAUAUCCGCAUCUCUUUUGCGACAACUUACAUAUUCCACUGCUAGAUUUGGAAUUUAUGAAGCUGCUAAACAGAGACUGGCUCCCAAAGAUGGAAAAGCAAUACCAUUCUACAUGUCAGCGUUUCUGGCUGGAUUGGGUGGGGCUGCUGGUGGAUUUGUAGGAAACCCUGCAGACUUGGUCAAUGUGCGAAUGCAAAAUGAUGUUAAAUUGCCACCAGAGCAACGAAGAAACUACAAGAACGCGGUGCACGGCCUAUAUCGCGUGCUAGCGGAAGAAGGGGUGAUGAGAUUAUGGGCUGGGGCGUCCAUGACAUGUAGCCGAGCUGUCCUUAUGACCAUAGGCCAGCUCUCGUUCUACGACCAAAUAAAAGCACUACUGCUGGCAUCCCCACAUUUCGGCGACAACGUCAUCACACAUGUGACGUCUAGUUUGCUGGCCGGCGCUAUUGCUACGACUCUCACUCAACCUGUCGACGUGUUGAAGACGAGGGCCAUGAAUGCUAAGCCAGGCGAAGUGAAGAGUAUUCUCUCGCUGGUCGCUAGCACCGCCAGGGAGGGACCCCUCGCCUUCUUCAAAGGUUACAUUCCAGCGUUCGUGAGGCUCGCCCCGCAUACCAUCCUUACAUUUGUAUUCUUAGAACAACUCCGAAUGAAUUUUGGCAUAAUCAAAGUACAUCUAUAGGAUGUAUUGCACAAAUGAUAGGUCAAAUUUUAGCUCCGGGUGGUGUGUAUAGUCAAAUGAUUAGUCUUGAGACUUCAAAUUUCCGUAACUUCUAACCUAGAUUAGGUUUUUGUGACUUUAUUUUGCUAUAAAUAUUUACAUAUUUUUUAAUCUUUACAAGAACAAAGUAUUUAUUAUGAAUGACAUUAUCUGAUAUUGCAGUAGAAAAUGGGCUUUUAGUUUUGCGUCUUAAACUAACAUUCUUUUUGUUUGCAAUUAUUAUUAACAAUCGACAAUUGUGAUAUAAAUUAACAUUAACUCUAUUAAUUCCAUUAAUGAAAUACCAAUGUGUAGGUAUAUAAAAUGUACCAUUUAGGUUAUGGUAUUUAUAAAAAAGAAAUUAAAUUUCUUUUAGGUUUUGUGCAAACGUGCGACUACUGGCUGUCCUUUGGCGCCCUUUGGCGACACGACUUUGAUAAUUUAUAGGGUUCUGUACCCAAAGGGUAAAAACGAGACACUAUUAC